AUAAGAUCCUGUUUCUUUUUUCCCUGGAGCGAAAGGAAGAAAAGAGAGUGAGUUUUGGUGAUUCAGUUCUAAUUUUGUUCUCAUGAUGGCUGUUCAAGCGCAGCAGUAUCCGGAGAAUCUGGGUUUUCCUUUGUUCGGAUUGCAGGAAUGGAUGGAUUCCUGUGGUGGUGGUGGUGGUGUUGGGUUUAAUGAUUUAUUUUUCAAUCCUCAACAGCAAGAACAGAUGCAGCAGUUACAGAAUCUCAAUAUCCAGAGAAAUCACAACUUGGGUUUCGAAAAUAGUCCGGUGGUUUCUUCUUCUUCCAAUGGUACUCUUGUUUCAAUGGCUUUCUCCGAGUCUUUAGCUGCUCAGAUUGAUAAGCAAGCAUUGGAGAUUGAUCGUUUUAUUCUAUUACAGAAUGAGAGACUCAGAUCAGCUUUACAUGAGCAAAGGAAGCAACAAAUGGCGAUCCUUCUAAAGAAGAUGGAAUCAAAGGCGUUGAGCUUACUGAGACGGAAGGAUGAAGACAUUGCAAGAGCGGCCAAAAGAACAAUGGAGCUGGAAGAAUGCUUGAGAAGGAUAGAAAUGGAGAACCAAGCUUGGCAGAAAGUCGCUAAAGAGAACGAGGCCAUGGUGGUGGCUCUGAAUAACACACUGGAACAGGUGAAAGAGAACGCCUGCUGCUUUCCUUCUGCCGGAGCAGAGGACGCAGAGUCAUGUUGCGAUGUCUCUCCGGAGCAUAACAGGGAAGAGAAAGGAAGAGAAGAAGCCAGAUACAAUGAAGAACAGGAACCAAUGAGAAAGAUGGCUUGUAAGGUCUGCAAUUCUCGAAGGUCGUGCGUCCUUUUCCUCCCUUGUAGGCAUCUGUGUUCGUGCAAGUCUUGCGAAGCCUUCCUCGAUUCUUGCCCUGUCUGCAAUUCUUUAAAAAAUGCAAGCAUGGAGGUCUUCUUGUUAUAGGAAACAAAAAAGGUCAUUCAAAUCUUUUCCUUUCUUUCUUUCUUCUCAACUCGUCCUUUACUUGGGGAAAUGAGUUCAUCUUUUUCUUUUCUUUUACUUUAACAAGAAAUGAACGACAACAUCAUCCAUUAACUUUGAACAGAAUUGCAGAGCACAGAGAGAGAGAGAGAAUCAUUUCGGGUGUAGUUAUUUUUGCUUCUUUUAGGUUGGACUAUUCAAUUCAAUUGUUUGGUUAUUUUCUC